AUCACUCAAACCCAGCCAAGUAUGAACAGAGGCCCAAAUUUCUUUUGUAUUCACACUUUCCCGCCUCCAACCAUCGCAUGUAGAAUAAAAUUUCUGUUAAUCUCGACUAGCAUCGAGCACUCGCCUAGAUGGUUUUGAAUCCAACUGACACUGUGGUUGCGUACACGUUCGAAACGCGAUUAAACCCAUGUCCCAUCGUAAACAUGAUUCGUGCCUUAUGCCUCUAUCUGUUUACCUCUUGCGUCUACACACGUCAAAUAUGGGAACAGACAUCUAGAGGACAAACACAGCAAAGCGACAGACUGCUACUUUGCUAAGAUAAAGGAAGAUUAAGGAAUUUUACUACAUUGCGAGGAGAAAUGGAAUACGAAAAAUCCUUCAAGAGAAAGAUGUUGCUGUGGACCAGCAACUGGCUAAACCAGGAGGAUCCGCAAACAGAAAAGGAGGUCCCGUUCACUCCCGACGCAGUGGAAAUAGCUCGUCUUUUGGUAGCGACUGGUUACCGCGUCCGUUUCAUGGAUCGGUGCUUGCCGAAGGAGAUGUAUCCGGUCGCAGGAGUUCCCGCGGGUUCUCCAGCGUGUCGGGUGACAAUAAUGUGUCCUCAUUCAGGGCUCAGAAUGGAGCUGGAGGCUGCAACGUCCUCGUGCAAUUGUCCACCACCUCCUUAUGGGCUCGACAAGUCCUGGACCGCCGGGGAACCGGACAGUGAACGGAUGGAAGAAGCUGUAGAGUUUACAAUCGGCCGAACGAAUCAAGAGAUUUCAAAGACCAUCUCGCAAUUUAUCGCCGGAUUACUAAAAGUGUCGAGUAAAUUCUCCGAUGUGAACCACAACGACGAGGUAACAGUUAAUACAGAAUCGACCGUAGCGUCAAUGACUGAGGUGCAAGAGGUCCAUACACAGUCGGUGAAAUCCGACUGCGUCUCUUCGGUGAAGACACCAGCUGCAGCUGGCAUCACGGUUGUCACUCCAUGUGCGCCUUGUAUUCCAAAAGCUUCUCCAUCUGACGGAAAGACGGCAGCACCCGGAAGAUACAGAUCCUUGGACACUUUAAUCGGCUCUGGAGGUUUUGCUGACGAUCUUCCGGAACCGGGCCCAUUGACCCCGAAGGAAGAUCGCUCCGGACCAGAAAUGGCCAUGGAUGUAGACACUGAUCCUGAUGCAACCAUAGUCGAAGGCCCACCUUCGGGACACAAGAAGUUCAUCUCAAAGUCCAGCCCUGCAGUGAAUUACACCGAGCAGUUCCAGAGGUCGGACACAUUUGUGUUCGAGGAGCCGGAUGGCGAAGAAAAAAAGAUGACUGAGCGGACGCUGGUUCGCAGUAGCACUUUUUGCGUUUCAGAUGAUGCUGCCAACGACACUGAAAAAGGACCCAGGUUGGGCCCACCACCGAGUAGAACACCCAGCCCAUUGCCGCCUAUUUUUUCGCAGUCUUUGGUACUGACUAAGUUGCAGGACGUUCAGCAGAUCAUUAGUGACAUCAUUGUGCUAGUCGCCGGAAAUCAACAAGUCCCUUCAAGCAUUGGAGACGUCUCGAAGGCCUCUAAAGCUAUCCUCAACGCUGUCCAGCAGAGGGUUUCGGACAAUGUUCGGCCAAUCCGGUCCUUAUCGGACUUCGGAAGUGUUCCUAAUUUGACCCGAGAUGGUACGACAGCUCGGUCGAUUGCCAGGCCUCAAAUUCGAAGAUACGCCACGACGAUAGCCGCGCCAGCAACACCAACGUCCUCGAGGCGUGAGGGAAUCUCUUUGGUUGAUCGUUCGAAAAGAGCCUCGACCACGAUGUUGUCAAAUCCUGCAGGAACAGCCGGAAAAACCCAAACGACUUCCAAAGCUGGCACCAAUCGAUUGGCUCCUCCUGCCAACGGCCGUUCCACUACGACGCUACCAUCCUCGACGAGUGGCACAACUACAAAUCGGAAACUCACCCCUGUUAAAAAGUAUGCCAAUGUACAGUCCAGCAUUCCCAAGCCGAGCAUUCCGCGGAAAUAAUUUCGUUGUAUGUACAUGCUGUUUAGUCCUAUAUUUAGAUUCAAUUUUAGAUAAUUAAUAGUAAUACAUUAGUCGAAAUUGCGCGGGUCGUUGAUCAAAGGUAUAGUUACUACUGGUAAUUGUACUCGAAAUCGGUGAUUUUUUCUUUUUUACACAUACAAAUUUUUCAGUAAAUAAAGUUGCCCAUCAAUUCGAAUGUUGCGUAAGGCGAGAAUUUUCGUAAUUGAUGAAUCUCAUUUAAAGAAU